GUCGCAUUCCUUGUACAAAACAACCUCCUCGUCUUCACAGCCUCUCUCUCUUUCAAAGGUUAGUCCCCCCUCCUCACUCUUUUUGUGUAGGAACUGAUAUUUUAUAUCUAUGUGAUCGUCGAGUUUCUUAAUUUCAAGGACCAGAUCUUACUCUAGAUCCGUUACCAUUCAUCAUCAUGACGAUGUUUCUGCAAGGCGAUUCGAUUCAAAUCCGCGAGGUGUGGAGCGACAAUCUCGAAGCAGAAAUGGCUCUGAUUCGCGAAGUCGUCGACGACUUCCCUUACGUCUCGAUGGACACCGAGUUCCCCGGAAUCGUCUUUAGACCUUUCGAAAAUAUCAAAACCAUCACCGAGUAUCAUUACAAAACGUUGAGAACUAACGUCAACUUGAUGAAGAUGAUUCAGCUCGGUCUCACGUUCUCCAACGAGAGUGGAAACCUCCCGACUUGCGGUUCCGACAAGUACUGCAUCUGGCAGUUCAAUUUCUGCGAUUUCGAUCCCGUCUGCUCCAUUUCCAACCAAGAAUCCAUCAAGCUCCUCCGUAAUUCAGGGAUCGAUUUCAAGAAGAACUACGAAAAGGGGGUCCACUCGAAACGCUUCGCCGAGCUUCUGUUGACCUCUGGGGUCGUGCUGAACGAGAAUGUUCAGUGGGUUACGUUUCACGGGGUGUACGAUUUGGCUUACUUGCUCAAGGUAUUGAUUAUCCAGGAUCUACCGGAGAAGCCGAAGGGAUUCGAUGAGUUGAUUAGGCUUUAUUUCCCGAGGUUUUGUGACAUUAAGCACUUGAUGAAGUUCUGUAUUGGUCUCAGUGGUGGUCUGAACAAGUUGGCGGAGCUGCUUGGAGUUGAGCGUCUGGGGAUUUCUCACCAGGCGGGAUCGGAUAGCUUGUUAACGUCGCGUAUAUUCAUGAUUCUGCAGGAUUCUUUCUUCAAUGGUUCUGUGGAGAAGUAUUCUGGUGUCUUGUUUGGGUUUUCUGUUGAGAAUGAUCACUGAAAUGUUUAUGUUUUGUAUGAAUGUUAUUAUAUCCGUCUUUGUUCUGCUUGUCCGCGCAGAGUGUUGUUAAUUUGGUUGGUGUGGAAAGUAUAUUUGUGGAUUGUCUUUAGAGUGGUUGUAUUCAUGUGUAAGGAAUAAUAUGUUGUUAUGUACGACUGUGUUAUAUUUUCUUUU